GCGAGUGUUGGGUGACCUGGUAUAUUUGAUGCUAUGAUGAACUCUCCUCUGAAUACAGCUGAAAAUAUGACUACCAGCAUGCCAAAUGUGAAGAUCCAGAGCUUAUUAUGGGGUGGUAUAAGUGCUUCCAUGAUGCUAUUGAAACAUAUGGAAUUCUGAGCAAGAUAUCUACAAUAUGGAUGAAACUGGAUUUCAGAUGGGCAUGACAUCCACAGCCAAAGUUAUAUGUGGCUCAGAGACUUGGGCAAGCAAUGCCAAAGCCUUGCAGCCUGGGAAUCAUGAAUGGGUAACUGCUAUUAUUGUAGUAAAUACAACUGGAUGGGCUUUGCCUCCCCAGAUUAUUCUGGCUGCAGACAACCACCAAUCUCAAUGGUAUCAUGCUAUCCCAAAUGAUUUUAUAAUCAGUGUCAGCAAGAAUGGCUGGACAAAUGAUGGAUUAGGCCUGGAGUGGCUUCAAACUGUCUUUGAGCCACAUACAGCCUCCCGUACACUAGGAAGAUAUCACAUGCUGAUUUUGGAUGGCCAUAGCAGCCAUGCCACUGCAGAAUUCAACAGAUUCUGUACAGAAAGGAAUAUUGUUCCUUUAUAUAUGCCUCCACAUUCAUCUCAUCUGAGUCAUCUCCUUCAACCAUUGGAUGUUGGUUGCUUUUCGCCAUUGAAGUGCUUAUAUGGUCAAAGAAUCACCAAUAAGGUGCAGAAGGGAAUCAACACUGUUGAAAAGUCAUUAGAGGGGCAGUGAUGACCAUGCAAAAUGCCAUCCUACUGCAGCAUGAAGUCCACCAGUUUUGCAUGGAAAAUAAGU